AUGUCAACAAGAAAUACAAAGCUAGUUAUUUUAGGUGGGGGAGCAGCAGGUUUACUGAUUGCUAUGGAACUAUCAAAUACAAAAUACCUUGAUAUUACUCUGAUUGAUAGUAAAUCAUUUUACGAAUAUACACCAGGACUUUGCUCUGUCUUGUAUGAAGAUACAGACGCAAAAUUCGAAAAGCAUUUCAACGAUAUAACAUUUGAUUACAAGCCUUUUUUGAAAAGAUUGAAUGUACAUUUUGUACAUGGUAAAGUUGAAUCCUUAAAAGACGAGAAAGAGACUAACCAAAUCCAUAAAGUUCACUUGGUUGAUGAUAUUCCAGUAGCAUACGACUAUUUAGUUAUAUGUACUGGGUCAAGCUAUGCUGAUCCUUGGAAAACAGGCUCUUCUGAUCAUCAAACAUCCACUCUCGAUGCCAAUGCUCGCCUUGACUAUCUUCGUCAACACAGAGAAAAAUUCCAAUCUUCUCAAGACAUUUUGUGCAUUGGAGGUGGUCCUGUAGGCGCAGAAUUAGUGACUGAAGUUGCUUAUCGUACACCGCAUAAACAAAUCGUCUUGGUAGACAGCAAUAAGACUGUGUUGUCAAGUGCGCCCAAUGGUAUUGGAAAACACGCACAAACAAUCAUUGAAUCCACUCCAUCUAUCCGUACCAUCAUGGAAGAGCACGCAUCAGAAAAAAAGCAAGAGCCAAUGAACCCCAAGAAAAUUUAUGAAACAGAUAAAUCACAUACACGAAUUGAAACAGAUCUUGUUUAUAAUUGCAUUGGUGUGACUCCUAAUUCUAGUUUUCUGCCUAAGGAUUGGUUAGACGAUAAAAAUCAAGUGAUAGUAGAUGAAACGCUCAAGGUGGUCAAGGCGCACAAUGUGUUUGCUGUAGGUGAUGUUUGUUCUGUCAAGGAACCCAAGAUGUUUUAUACUGCACACAUGCAAGCUGUACACUUUGUAAAGAAUUUGAAACGGUUAUUAGACAAUAUGGCUGUGGAAGAUUUGUUGUCCUAUCAAGGUGCUCGUAUUAAUAUGGUUAUUUCUAUGGGCCCCAAGUAUGCUGUUGGGUCCAUUUCAGGUGUUCCAUUGUAUGGUUGGCCAUUCAAUGUCAAAAAGGGUAGUCGAACUGCUGCUGUGACAAAACACUUUAUUGAAAGAAUUACUAUGGACGACUUUGGACUCAAAAUGCCUGUCAAUAACCUGUUGUACUAUACACAAACAAAGAACUUUGGCGGUCUCCUUCCCCAACAUCUUUUUUAA